AUGGAUGAACCACACAUGGCCAGGCUACUGGCAACCCUGUCAGGUCAGCCACGGUCGCCGCAACGGAACCCACUUUCACCUCAACCUAGUAGUGAUCGUAUUGUGUGGUUGGACUUGGAAUUUUGCUCUCUAAAAGACCAUCGCGUCCUGGAGUGUGCCGUAAUUAUCACUACCUGCAAUGCCCUUAGGGAGGUUGCUCGCAAGAACUGGAUCAUUGGAAUGACACCAGAACAGAUUGAUCGGCUGGUCAUCGGAGGAGCUGCGGCGACCUUUCAUGCUGCUCACUCUCUGCAAAAUGGACUCGUUGAUGCUUGUUUGGCGUCUGAGACCACUUACGAGCAAUGGCAACGGGAGCUGUUCGAGUUCCUAACAACCCACUGUUUUUCGGGAUGUCGACUCGCAGGUUUCUCUCCGCACGUGGACCGAGAAGUACUACGAACACAGGCCAAGAAUGUUUAUGAGUUCUUGGAUCACAAGAUUAUUGAUAUUUCCUCCCUUGAUAUUGUGCAAUGGGGGCUUCCGGCGUUGGAAAGAGCGGCACGGAGGCAGAACUGGAGCCCCUCUUCCCAUCGAGCCAUGUCAGACUGUGAAGAUGCCAUUGCAAAGCUGAAAUGGUAUCAAUCCUGGUUGAGAGAUCAUAUGAGAGACGACACCACGAGCCAUGACGGAGUGACCCAGUUGUACACCUUGUAA